GUUCACUUAAGCCUACCGCGUUUGUGACCGGGUUGUCCAUGGUAACAUCAUAAUAGGAUACCUCUAACCGUUCCGUCCGAUGUGUGCUCGGCAUUGCUGAUCCGAGCAGCUUCCAAGACCCGAAGUCCGACGAUGAGUAAAAUAGAAACCGAUCUAAGGUUAGAGAUGGUAGUGUUCUGCAUAUAUGUUGCUUAUAUCCCUCCCUUUGUAUCUUUCCUCCCUGGUUUCCGCUCUUGUCUUCACCCUGUCAUACUUCAUUUUAAAAGGCAAAAUUGUAUUCGAUGUUCUUGCUGAUUGAAAAGUACCAAAAUGCCAAACGCAACGGCCGUUGAAAUCCAAAUUUCACUCCAGGACACCUGCCAUUCUUAUAUAUCUGGAGUUGAUACUUCCUACGGGUAUAUACCGUCUCAAGCGGCGGGCAUUGUAUUCACGGCGCUUUUCGCUGUAACAACAUCCGGCCAUGUCGCACAAGCAGCAUGGACAAGGGCAUGGUGGUGUUUUUUAUUUGCUAUUGGAUCUAUAAUCGAAACGCUGGGCUGGGCUGCACGAAUAUGGUCUGCUGAAUGCCCUUAUGCAAACACGCCUUUUCUAAUUCAAAUUGUGACCUUGAUUAUUGCGCCCACAUUUUAUACAGCCGGUCUCUAUGUCCUUCUUGGGAGCUUUAUCAAAAUCUUUGGCCAGAAAUCAUCUAUCCUCACGCCUUCACUAUACCUUUGGAUUUUCUGCAUCUGUGACCUGGUAUCCCUGAUUGUACAAGCAGUUGGUGGAGGUAUGGCAGCAGAUGCAACAGGUAAGGUCGAUGGCGAUACAAAACCGGGAACUAAUAUUAUGGUCGGUGGUAUCGUGUUUCAGAUGGCGGCUAUGACUGCGUUCGUGGUCUUCAUGGUUGAUUUUCUCUACCGUGUAACGAAGAUGAAGGUGCUAGCCGCAACAAAAUCAACAAUCGGGCCCCUUCUUGCUGGUAUGUUAACAGCAGUGGUGGCCGUUUAUGUUCGGAGUGUAUACCGAACAAUUGAGCUGCUACAAGGGUGGGAUGGAUUCCUCAUCACCCAUGAACCGUACUUCAUUGUCCUCGACGGGACCAUGAUGGUCAUUGCCUCUGUGAUCUUCAACAUAGUUCACCCAGGCUGGCUUCUGCCUAAGGUUAGUACUACUGAAGAAGGAGCUAUCGAGGAGGAAAAAGGAUAGUUGAUGGUCGAGGGACUGAUAAUUAGAAAGGCACUCAAAUUUAGCAUAGAGACUGAG